AUGACUACCGGCUUCCAGACAGGCAUAAAGGCUACCUUUCUUGUUACCAAAAAGAAAGGUAUGUCUGACGAAGAUUUCGAACAGCAUUAUACCAAAGUCCAUAUACCUAUGGUCGCAGAACUUCUGAAUAGACACAGAGUUUUGUAUUACGGAGUGCAAUUCAUUACUGGCGAGAACAAAGAAAGCAUCCAAACAAUGUUCGGCGGCGCUAUAGGUAGCAUUGACUGCGAUGCUGUCGUUACUGCUAUUUUUUCCGACAUGGAUUCUUUAAAAGCAACUUUUGCCGAUCCUGAUUUUUCAGUCAAGCUGAAUCCCGAUGAGAAGAUUUUUACAGAAGAUGAUCGUCGGAUGGUAAUUGGAAAAGAGUUUGUGGGUGUUUGGAAUGAGGCAAAGGCGGUCUAG